UGUGCUAAGGACGGGCUGUAGGAGGCAGGCCAGCAGGCCAGCGGGCUCAGGCGCCUCUGCUACCCGCCCAAGGAGCUGGGCCACCAUGGGGGCCAGACUGCCCCUCUUCCUCCUCCUGGCCCUCCUGGGCAGCUCCCAAGGAGCAGGGCCGGGCCUGGCUUUGCGGCUGAAGCUGAAGGAUUCCUCUCUCGCAAAUGCGUCCUAUGACUCGAGCUUCCUGGAGCUGCUCCAGAAGCUCUGCCUCCUGCUCCGCCUCCCGCCAGGGACCGGCAUGGCCCCUCGUCAGGCGGGAGCCCACCACGUCACCUGCCCAGGCUGAGCGGCCGGAG